AGAGUUUCUGGGGCUGGUUAGUUAAAUUAUGGUUUAGUCUUUAGUCUUUGGCACUGUAUGUUGACGCAAUGCCAAAAAAACUACCUACUACACAAUGUACUAAGCAUGUAAUACUUGAUUAAAAAAAUUAUACAGUGACGAAUUACACAACAGGCUUCAGAUGUCACUGGGUUUAAAAUGUAACAUCUUGUCCCCCGUGUCCCAUCCCAGCAUGUAAUUGGUCAAUCCCAGCACAAAUAUAUCACAUUUCAACCUCCUCUGGACUUUUGGUCAGCCAGCUGUGGGUAAAUACUGUGCCUCAGUUUAACAUACCUCUUUUUUUUUAGCUGCAGAUGCCUUCGGGUCCUCCACCGCCAGCUGUACAUUGACCAUGACCACUUUUGAAGACGUCUUGGAGGAGGCUGGCAACUUCGGUCGGUGCCAGAAGCGAAUAUUUUCCAUAUUCUGCUUGGUCUCUGUACCGUUUUCUUUUGUAUAUGUGGGGAUUGUAUUCCAGGGCUUCACCCCCGAACAUUGGUGCCGUGACCCGGGAGUCAGUAAGAUCCGGGAAGCAUGCGGCUGGAGUCUUCAAGACGCUCGCAGGGCGACGGUGCCCUUGAUGAACAGCUCCUUAGGGGUGACGUACAGUAAGUGUCAGAAGCUGGACGUGGAAUGGAACGCCACCGGUUUGACCUGCGACGAUCCAAAAAGUGAGCUUAUCCAGGCCCAGCUUUCUAGUUUGCCGAUGACGGGCUGUACGGACGGCUGGGAGUACGACUACGAAGGGAGGCAGUCCUUCGUCACCGAGUUUGAUCUAGUGUGCGCAGACGCCUGGUAUGUUGACAUGUUCCAGGCCACGCUCAGUAUUGGUUUCUUAGUGGGCAGCAUUGCAAUUGGAUACCUGGCAGACAAAUACGGCAGAAUGAAGAGUUUCCUAAUGACCAACUUCUUCAUCGGAGUGACGGGGAUUCUGGUGGCCACGUCGCCCAAUUACAUCGCCCUGCUGGUGUUCAGAGUUCUCUUUGGCUUCGGGGUGAAGGGCGGCUGGAUGGUCGGAUACGUGCUGGUCACAGAGCUGGUUGGAGUCGAACACAGGAGAACGGUGGGAGUGACCUAUCAGAUGUCCUUCAGCUUAGGCCUUCUCGUUCUUCCUCUCUUAGCCUACUUCAUACCAAACUGGCGCUGGCUACAGGUGGUCUUCACCAUUCCCUACAUCUGCUUCCUGACGUACUAUUGGUUCAUCCCCGAAUCGCCAAGAUGGCUGCUCAGCCAAAACAAGAAAAAAGAAGCAAUGGAGGUCACAGAAGCAAUAGCCAAAGAGAACAAAAGGACACUGUCCAAGAUUAUUGAGACACUGAAUGAUGAAAACAAAGAGCCCACCCCGAAUGCGUCUUUUAUGGACCUGUUCAAGACUUCCAAACUGAGAAAAUUCACGUUCAUCCUGAGCUUCAACUGGUUCACCAGUGCUGUGGUUUACCAGGGUCUCAUUAUGAGGCUGGGAAUCCUCGGAGGAAAUGUAUACAUAGACUUCCUGAUAUCUGGAAUCGUGGAAUUGCCCGCAGCUUUCCUCAUCCUCCUCACUAUUGAGCGGAUUGGCCGCAGGCUUCCUUUUGCAGCUGCGAAUAUCAUAGCAGGAGCAGCCUGCUUAAUCACGGCGUUCCUCCCCGACAGUAUGUUCUGGUUAAAAAGUGCUGUUGCUUGUGUUGGACGACUGGGCAUCACUAUGGCUUUUGAAAUGGUAGUGUUUGUGAAUACUGAACUGUAUCCCACCGUUAUCAGAAAUCUAGGUGUUUCGGUCUGUUCCACACUGUGUGACAUUGGUGGGAUUAUAGCGCCGUUCCUGCUCUACAGGCUUGCUGUCAUCUGGCUAGAACUACCUCUCAUUAUUUUCGGUGCUCUUGCGUUUGUGGCCGGUGGACUGGUUCUGCUGUUACCUGAAACCAAAGGUGUGCCUCUUCCGGAAACCAUUGAGGACAUCGAAUGUCCAAACAGAAACAAAGAAAAGCAGCUGAAGAGUCAACAGCUAGAGAACUUUCUGCCCUCUGACGUGACAUUGAACAAAGAAGCUACAGCUGUAUGAUUGAGACAGAAAACAUCCACCUACUUAACUUCAUUGCUAAGUGAUGCUAAUUAUCUCUUCUCUUUAAAGGGUUUAAUCAAAAUGAGCAAACAAAAUCAGUUUCUCAAUAAUCAAGCAAAAAAGUUCAAAAGACUAUAGUUACGAGCAGAUAUCGUUGACUGUAGUUAAUGUAUUUUUUUUUGUUGUUGUUUUUAAAAUACAUUUUUGACCAAAAUGUCUGUUUAAAAAAUGUUAAAUAACUUAACAGUAUGUACGUAUGUUUAAAAAUGUUGGCUUAAAUUAUUCGUGCUAAUGGUAAAUGUCAUUGUACUUGUUUGUUCUGUCGCUUAUUAGGGCAUGAAAAUUGCCACGUCGCUGUAAGAGCAAAACUGGAGCACAAAUAAAGAGACUUUCUGUAAA